CAGAACAAUGGUCCGAUUAAUUGAAUCACUAUUCUUUGGAUUGAUAAUAUUGACAGCUACUAAUGCAAUCGAUUACCCACCGAGUGUAGACUUUAUGCAAGAUGUAACAGGUGAAAAAUGGCAACUAAAAUGUGCUUUUUAUAUAGCAAACACAUUGGAAAUUGAUAAAGAUUUGAAUGUGGCAUUAGCAGCAUGCGGAACUGUGGGUCGGUGUAUGAACACAGCGAGUACAGAAAAUGCAGAUAGAUCUGAAAAAUUUGUGAAGGACACCGUAGACUGUUUGGAUAGAAUGUGUAAAAGGCUGAAUCAAGAAAUUAUCAAAAAAUCCGGCAAAGAGUAUAAUAGUGAAGUUUGUUAUAUGGUAAAAGCAAUGCUGAUUAUGAUAAAAGCUUUGAAAUAA